AAUGCAAGAAUAUGCACCUCCAUAACAAAGCCUGCAUGGAGUCCUGAGAGCGGUGGGAAAACAGAGGCUGCACAUUAAUGGACUGCUGCUCAGCCGUAAGAAAAAUAUCUGAUAAGAGAGGAUCUAAGUUGGAGGUUUUGCUCCUAUUUGUUCUGGAACAAGGGGAUAGUUUUGCGAACACGUGCGUACCCAUGAAAUUUUUCUACUCUCCGUUUUGAGUGAGUGAGUGAGUGAGUGUUUCGCAUCCUGGUGCGGGGCUCUGAGGAGGACUGCGCAUCACCAGAGUUGGUGCCGAAGUUCGGCCGCGAACGGAUGUGAGGAAAGAGUGUACCGAGUGAAACUCCCCACUUCUUUUUUGUCUCUCCUGCUUUGGCGUUGUGUUUGCUGAGACAAUAGUGAGUCAGAGACGCUGAAAGUGAUUUCAUGCCUUCAGUCUCGCACAACCUGCGAUGGACGUGAGAUUUUACCCUGCACCCCCGGCAAAUGUGGGUUCGUGCUCCAUACCGACUGACCCAAGUUGUCUGAGCUCGUUGGACUAUUACCACUCGAACAAGGCCCGGUACAGUGUGGGUGAACGAGCGGUUAGGCUCCACACUGCCCCCCCUCCAGGCAUCAGUCCAGCUAGGAAAAGACUGCCCACUGCUGUGUUUGAUGGUGACAACAUGUACAUGAAUGACAAUAACCAAGAGUUUCGGUCACCAAACCAGAGUUACUCCAGUCAGGGCAGAGGCAACAGUGGUGGUGGCGGAGGAGGAGGAGCCGGUGAUGAAGACUACGAGAUUCCUCCCAUCACUCCCCCAAACCACGCCGACCCGUCUCUGCUGCACCUCAUGGAGCACGAGUCAGGUUACCCCUUCCAUUCCCUGCCCCACAACGGCCUGCUCAACACCUACUCCUACCCUGAGCUGCCUGCCCUCAUGAUGUCCAACAUGCUGGGUCAGGACACCCACCUCCUAUCAGGGCCUAUGCACUCAAUAAGCAGUGAGAAGCGGCCCUCAGCAGAAAUGAUGAAGCCUAAACCCAAACCUCAAAAGAAGAAGAAGAAGAAGGACCCAAAUGAGCCACAGAAACCCGUGUCGGCCUACGCUCUCUUCUUCAGAGACACCCAGGCGGCCAUCAAGGGCCAAAACCCCAAUGCCACCUUUGGGGACGUCUCCAAGAUUGUGGCCUCCAUGUGGGACAGCCUAGGAGAGGAACAGAAGCAGGGGUACAAGAGGAAAACCGAGGCAGCUAAGAAAGAGUACCUGAAAGCCUUGGCCGCGUACCGAGCCAGUCUGGUUUCCAAGACAUACAAUGACCCUGAACCAAAAAGUGCCCAGCAGACCAGCCAGCCCUCCCACCUGCUUCCCCCCAAGCAGCCCCUGUACAGUGUGCCCCCCCAGCCCUCCUCACCCUACCUGGGCCCGCCGGGCUCCUUCCCCCUGUCGGACCUCCAGAGCUACGCCGGUCCGCCCCGUCACACCCUGGCCCAGACCCUCAGCCAAUCCCAGAUGCUGCCGCCCAACAUGAGUGCCUCUCCCCCAGCUCCCUUCCAGAUUAGCCCGCCUCUGCACCCCCAUGCCCAGCUCUCCCUGCACCAGAGCUCCCUGCUCAACCAGCCAAUCCGCAUGCAGCAGUCGCAGCCAAUCAUCUCACACCAAAUGGGGCUCCAGGCAUCUCUGCAUUCCCCUCCUCUCAGCCAACAGGGAUUCUCCCAUAUCCAGGCUGAUUACCAGAACAGUGUUGGGGGCUCACAGUCCCCAGGGACCCCUAACCCAGUGCACGGCCAGAACCCCGAAUGGGACAGCGAGUACUGCAACAGGGACUGUGGACCAAACCACUGCGGCAGUGGCAUGGGAGCCCGGGACAAGCCUCUCUACCUCACUUGAAGUUGAAAGAACUCCAAAUGUCAGACUCCAGGGAGCUUUCCAACAUAACAACAACAUCAUCGAUGUAUCUGCUUCAACACCAUUUUGUUUAUCUUUUUUUUUCUGAUGGAUUUCGAAAAUCCCAAAGACUGCUACAGUAACUUCACCUAUUUGCCAAGCACUUAGAUCAGCCAGAAGCCUGAGGCACUUCUCUUGCUUUUUUUUUUUUUU